UUCAGUAACGAAACGAACGACAAACAAGGAAUACAACAAUCCAACGAGAUGGCCGAGAUUCAACAGGUCAACAUUCAAUGCGAGUGCCAUCAUCGCCAUGGACCCCUCCAUGUUCUGCGCCCCUGGGCCUGGGGUCGUCCCUGCCGUCGCUGCCAGCGCAUGAUGGAUCGCAAUGUGGUUGUGGUGCCCACUUCUGGUGCUGCUGCCGUUACAGUGACCCCCGCCAUGACCUCGACACGCAGAUCGCCAGUUGUGGUGUCCACAACCACCACCCAGACGGUGCCAGUGCAACAACAACAGGUUGUCCUGACGCAGCAGACAUCGUAUCCCGCAACUCUGCCUCCGACAUACAGCGAAACUGUAGUCGUCAGCUAAAGCAAAGCCGGGCUAUUGAUGCGGAAAUGAAGAGAUCUAAGAGUGUAAUUCAAAUAAAAAUAAAGCAAUAACCUUU